AUGAAACUCGCUCGGAAGGACGAAGCGGCAAACAAUACCCAGGGCGAUGUUUCCGACGAGGAAGAUGACGAUAUUCAUGAAACUUCCAGCAUGGGAAGCACCUGCACCGACAAUACUUCGAACGGGAGUGAAAGUCAGAUCAACCGCAAGAAGCGGAAACGAUCGAAGAAAAAAUCGGCCAAGGUGAUGAAGCCGAUCUUUAAAUUUAGUUGCUUCGUUAAGGAAGACCACGGCCAGUCGCUCUUCGGAUGCCUUUUCAACUACAAUCUCAAGAACGGAGAGCUACCUACGUUUGCGACCGUUGGAAGCAAUCGUGUCACGAUUUACCAAUGCGAACACGAUGGGAAAAUAACGCUGAAACAAUGCUACGCAGAUCCGGAUACGGAGGAAGUGUUUUACACCUGCGCAUGGUCUCAUGAUGUGGAAACGGGCAACCCAUUGCUAGCCGCUGGUGGCCUACGGGGUGUACUAAGAGUAUUCAACACGGCAUCGCUUGAGGGACAUAAAUACUACAUUGGGCACGGGCACGCCAUCAACGAAGUAAAGUUCCAUCCCAAGGAACCGUACCUGCUGAUGUCCGCUAGCAAGGACCACUCGUUACGGCUGUGGAACACCAAGACGGAUAUUUGCAUUGCCGUGUUCGGUGGCGUCGAGGGACAUCGCGAUGAGGUGCUGAGUUUCGAUUUCGACAUCCUGGGAACGCGGAUCAUGUCUUGCGGGAUGGACCAUUCGUUGAAGAUGUGGCGUCUCGAUACGGAAACGAUGAAAAAAGCCAUCCAAAACAGUUACACCUUUAACGAGGCGAAAAAUCUCUCCCGUUUCCCGUCGGUGAACGAACACUUUCCGGUAUUUUCAACUAGGGACAUCCACCGGAACUACGUCGAUUGUGUGAGAUGGAUGGGCGAUUUUGUGCUUUCCAAGUCGUGCCAGAACACGAUUGUCUGUUGGAAACCGGGCCGGCUGGAAGAUGUGGAGGUGAAAAAUAACGAAACGAACACCACCGUGAUCACUACGCUCGAGUACAGCGAGUGCAUUAUCUGGUUCGUACGGUUCUCGCUGGACUACUGGCAAAAGUAUCUCGCGCUGGGUAACCAAACUGGGCGGAUUUACAUCUGGGAGUUAGACACCGACGAUCCGGUGCAUCCACGCUGUAGCACAUUGUUUCACCCGAAAUGUACUACACCCAUCCGGCAAACGGCAUUUUCCCGAUCUGGAAACAUACUUAUUUGCGUCUGCGACGAUGGAACCGUUUGGCGGUGGGAUAAGAUAAAUAAUAACUAG